UCAGUAAAACAGUGGACAACAUGCACUUCGAUCCACUCCCUGUCCCCUCCGACGCCGACGACGAGGACGCCGCCGCCGCCGUUCCUCCCGGCCGCUCCGUCUGCCACACCGGCUGCGGCCGCCCGUCCCGCGUCUGCCUCUGCCCGCACCUGCCUCCCUCCCCGCUCCCCACCUCCACCACCGUCGUCAUCCUCCACCACCCGCACGCCCACCGCCGCAACCCGCUCUCCACCCUCCCCCUCCUCGCGCGCUCCCUCUCCAACCUCCACCUCCUCCCCGGCCGCCGCCUCGUCCCCUCCUCCACCCCGCUCCUGCCCCCUCCCUCCCCGAACCCCGUCCUCCUGCUCUACCCCUCGCCCGCCGCCUCCGACCUCGCCUCCUGGUGCCGAUCCACGCCUCCCUCCGCGCGAGCCAGCCCCACCCUCCUCCUCCUCGACGGCACAUGGAAACAGUCCAAGGAGAUGCACUCCGCCAGCCUUCCGUUCCUGUCGUCAUUCGCCGUCCCCGUUGCGCUGCCUGUCGACAGCGGCGUGGACGGGGACAGCAUGUUCGAGUCGGAGCUCGUAGUGAGGAAGGAGCCGCACAAGGGGUGCAUGAGCACUAUGGAGGCCGUUGCGAGGGCGCUGCGGCUGCUAGAGCCAGAGGGGAAGGGCAAGGAGAUUGAGGAGGUCAUGGUCGGGGUGCUCCGAGCGAUGGUCGCCUUCCAGACCGAGCAUUUGCAGCACCGUACGGUGAAACCCAGAAUAAAGAUGAGGAAGAAGAAGGAACUCAAGAGGGAGGAGGGCAUGAAGAGGAAUGCUGGAUUGAUCUGACUGAAGUUUUCGCGGGAUUUAUGGUUACUGAUUGCUGGAUUAUUGCUGUCGGGAAUUGUUGCCUCAAGAGACUUUCACAUCACCAAUAUCCAAGUCUAUGGAGGACGCUACUUUUGUUCAGUCUAUGGAAGUAUGACGCUGUUCUCAAGUGGUUUUUUCUUUCUUUCGUUUCAUGGCCUUCGGUACUGGGCAGCACUAGUGAUGGGGAGAGGAGAAAACUGGGGAAGAAGAGGGCAGAACAAUAUUUUUCGCUUUUAGGGAUGAGAGGACACAUGAGAUGCAGAGAUGGAUGCUGUCUUGAAGAUAUUAUACAUGAGUUGUCGUAUGCAAAUUAUUUUCCAAUAAGGUAUGGUGUCUAAGGAUCCACCAUGGAAGGGUAUUCGCCACGGAGGUACUUCCCAGGAGUGAACCUUCUGGGGUAGUAGUUCUCCAAUGCCAUGUCGAACUUCUGUUGUUCUACUGGGAAGAACUGAGUUUUUUUUGGGAAAGAAAGACUUGAAUGAACACACCAGGCCUCUCCAUGGAGUUGGUGUGCUGUCCUUUAUCCUAGCCUCAUUGCUUCUCUGAGUUCAUUGACCGCUUCCCAGUGUUUUGCUGCACUCGCGCGUGGCUAUAGAUGCCCUGUUAUCAGAUACAACCGGAUUUCAACCUAGCUGGUUCAUAUAUCUCUUGAUGCGAUCCAUGGAAGUUCUUCCAAGCUUAGAAAUGUGAGGAUGAGCUAGUCAUAUAUGAGGUACAGUGGAACUGAAUUAUGUAGAACCAAGGCUAUGAAACAGAUAGCUGAGAGAAGAGACUGAUUGCUAUUAUUACCAAGUGUACUCAUGAAGUGUUGUGACACUAGUAAAUCAAUGGAGGGAGGAUGUACAAAAUUGGAUAUGAAUUGUUCUUUAUCAUGUAUGUAUUUAUUAGUGAA